CCGCCAGCCUGAUUCACAGCGACGCUGAGCUGUAAAACGAAACUGAAAGAAAAGUCCGCCUUCUCAGAAUACGAGGAAGACAAAGCAUGGCUCUCUGCGCUCACUCAGGUCAACUGAUGCAUAAAACAGAUGAAGAGGCAUAUUGUGUCGUCCCUGAGCUCAGUGUGGCCACCAGCUCAUUUGCAGUAUCCUGUGAGCCCUGCAGCUAUAUGUAGUGAUCUUCCAGCCAAACUAGAUUAUGGCUGCAAAGGCAACUCAGAGAGCAGAGGAGGACAGCACUGACAGUGAUGACAGCAACAGUGGAGGACGUCCAAGCUUCUCAGCUGAGGAGAGACCAAUUCUAGAUAAAGUCCUGAGGAACGGCAACGAGUUUAUAAGAUCUUAUGAAGAACAUCAGCCUGAACUCCAACAACUCAUCAACCAGCUGUUUAUGCACACCGAGGAGGUUUUAGGUUAUUACAACAAAGUAAUAGAAGCACAAAGAAGACUAAGAGGAGCUCAGUACGGAGCAGGAUUUGGAUUAAGUCUUGGAAUUGGAGCUUUUGCUGUAGGUGUCUCACUGUUUUCUGACGCUGAUGAUUUUUCAUUGCCUGUGGCAGGAAUGGGAGCUUUGGCAACUGUUGUUGCUGGAAUAGCAAGCUACAAAACCAAACAAAGUACAAAAAAAAUGAAGAACAUAUUAGAGAAUUUCAAAAACGUUUCAAAACAUUUCAAUACAACAGCUGAAGACAUCACCAGCUGCCAGAAGAAAUUUGGUAACCUUGCUGAGAAGAUGCUACAGUUAAUAAACAAGUUUCCUUUGCAAAAACAUGAGAAAGAAGAUGUCAGAGAGCAUAUAGAUGCUUUAUUAGAGCUUGUUAAAGUUUUUAGGCCAGAGGAUGUGCUGAGAUUGUUAAAAGAAAAAAGUACUUUGGAUUGGAGAAAAAACAUUCAGCAGUUUGUUUCUCCUGUACCUUUUAUAAGUGAAGGUAGCAAGACAAAACAAGCCUCCAAGACAAAACCAGUCUCCAAGACAAAACCAGCCUCCAAGACAAAACGAGGCUCCAAGACAAAAAGAGGCUCCAUGCAACUGCAAUCCGAAGCAGAACAGCUUGAUUGGAAGAUGGGAGAAAUGACAAAUCAUUUGCAGAGAAUCUUAAAAGAAACUAUGACUUCAAAUUUGGAGAUAGAAAGGGUGAUGCAAAAGCUUAAUGAGCACAUUAAACAGUAGACAGAAACACACAGAGGAGCCGCAAUUGUUUAACACCUCAGUGGACCUAAAUCUGUUUUCUUUUUAAAUAGGUUAAUCUUGUUCAGGUGGGAACACAAUAUACAUGUACAAAGUAUGUGCUAACUUGCCAAUGUCCACUAAAUGGUUGAUGUAUUUUGACAAUAUUGUCCACUCUAAAUGUAAUCUGGGCAGUAAUCUUGGGUAUUGCACACAUAAGAAGUUUCUUCACCAAUCACAAGGCUGAUAUUGUCCCGAAUACUCAACUUUAACAAAUCUGUGUUAGCAAAGGGUUUCCUUUUCUCAGUUCAAGUCAGUGAAAAUUACCACGGGAAGUACCAACUAGCAAAAAACUGAGCUAUCAAUAACAGUGAUUCAUUUAAAACGGCCACGCCAGCAUUCCCUGGGUGCACAUCCUGCAGUAAAGUGAAUAAGAAGUUUACCUUCUUUAUCAUGUUGUCUGAAUCAACUUAAUCCUAAUAGAAAUAUAGAAGUGGAUGAUGAUGGAAAUCCUGUGGAAUUUGAUAAAAACCGUGAGCCAUUCAAGGUAAUUUUCUAUUGCAUGUGUAUAUUUAGAUACUGGCUAAUUUGGUUAACAUGUAUUUUGGUAGGCCUUUUCAGUGUCAGUGUGCAAAAACAGUACUGUAGUGUUUAAUGUCUUUUGGCUGUAUUGGCCAAUAACUUUAGGUGCUGUAAUCCUAAUACACACAGGAGUCCAGUUUGGGCUGUUACUGCAAAGACUGCAGUACAGGCAAACUUUGAGGAUAAACCUUGAGACUUGAUAGCAAUGCAUUUCUCUCUGCUUCACUCGUGCUGAUGUGAUCAGUUCUGUUUCAGUGGCCUAGCAGGCUGAGAGUGGUAGACUGAGGGCUGUCAAUCAUGUGCGCUCAUCAGAAUAUUAGGACCACAGCCAGACAGUUCUCACAUCUGUUAAGCAUUUUUUAAAGCCAGGUUUUAUCAUAUUUCUAAAUCUGGUGUGAUCCACUGCACUAAUCUAACUAAGUCUGUGUUUGAGUCUGUUGAAGUUACAUGUCUGUGUUUUUUUUUCUGCAGCAUUACAGCAUGUUUGAUUUGUUCAAAAUAGCAUCACAUUCUUGAAAGAGGUUUCCUUGUCUACUCAUUUUCAUGAUUUUUUUUGUGACCAUUAUCUACAUUUUUGUGAUGUUUUUAUAAUGAACUUGCAGAGAAAGAAUGAUGCUGGUCUUUUCUUUUGAGAGGUUUUUUUUUAAUUGCUGUGUUCUUCUGUUCUGUUUGAGUUGGGGGGACUAAAUUCAGUAUAUUUGAUGUCAGAUCUAUUUAUCAGUCAGAGUUAGCAAUAUGUAUAUGUCAGCUACUCACAUUGCUAUCCCUCAUGUAAAGUGACUGCUCUCCCGCUGCUCCAGCCAGCCAAAACUCCCAGCAAGUGUGUUAUUGAAACUUUUUAAAUUUGUAAAUGGUGCUUCUUAUAAAGGUUUAUUACACCAUUGUUUGUAUCAUAGCUAGAUGUUGCUUCCUACUUGGGUUAGCCACUUACUGCUGACUCUUACUGUAAAAGAUCGACUUAAUUUAUGAAAGCAUGAUAGACAGUGGUCCACCUUAACUGUAGGAAUGAAAUGAUGCAUGAACUACCCCCCUUACAUUAAGGCUCACAGUGUUUCCCACAAUUGCGCUUUACAGGUGUAACACAGUAAGGCAUGUGGGAAAUUUCUUCUCAGUGUCUGUAAAUAUGAUUGUGCUGACUCAUAACAGGAGCUUGUGCGAGCUCAGUUUCAGGAGCACGGUCAAGCAAUUAGCUAUAGGUGACAGAUAAGCUAAGUACUGCUGUGCAUUCAGAUCUCAGACACAAUAUUUCACUGUGUGAAUGCCUACCUGUCAUAAGACAACAGCCUGAGCUACCAGGCUAAAGGACCAAGGGAAACCUAACUAGUGUGUUGAAUUGGCAAUGACUAAAUUAGGACAAAAAAUGGGUAAAUAUUAUUGCCAGCAAUGUUCCUAAUGCUACACUGAUGUGUGUUAAUGCAUGAUGUUGUAAAUUGCUGUUGUCAGAACAAAACCUUGUAUCUCCACAAUUCCAACUUCAGAGGAGAAGGAAAAACUUGCUUUAUU